UUCUUUCUUUAUAAUCUGAGUGCUUCAGAGAUCUGUUCUCAGGCAUCAAAGUCAAACAUACCUUCAUUUCUCUUCUAGCUUGAAAGAUUUCUGGUUAAUCGUUGUACUGUCAGCCAGUCUUGGCCUUAACUCUUCUUAACCAAUUUUCCUUUUCGCAGAAUUCCAUAUUUUUUGCGUUUUUGGUAAACGAAGAAUUUACAAGACAUAAAAAGUUUUAAUUCAAUUUUUCUCUUCCCAAUUCGACCAGCGGUCAGCCGAGAACCAGAGUAUGCUACAUGACAAACCACAUGAAGUGUCCGCAUACUCCUGUCUCGGAUAUCAUCUUCUAGUAAAUGUAAACUGCAUGGAUUGUGGACGGAAAUUUUCAAAUAUCGUGUUUUGUUGCCUAAUCCAUGUUUCCAUUUCAUAAUUGCCCUCCACAGCCAAGAGAACUGCAGUGGUGAAUUCAACAUCUAUAAGCGAGAGGUCAACUUUUGUGACCUUGACAACGUCGAUGUUUUUGCCAACCAGGACGAGUGGAACCCGAACACUCCCGAGUACCUUCACCACUAAUCGCACUCUUGUCGUUAGCACUUCUGGAGGAGUUGAUAAAUCGAGUGUGAACAUUUCGUCUACCCCAAAAAGCACAACAACUACAUUCCUGUUAAGCUCAGACUCAUCACGUAGUCCUUUUCAAUUUUCGAGCGUGGUUCCAAGCUCUGUGUUGAGUCGUAGCUUGACGAAGUUACCAAACACGUCAGUUGUGACAGCGUCUGCAAGUUCUGAAGUUCGCUUGAAUUCCACCGCCCUUUCAAGAUCACAAGAAAGAUCUUCGGCCCUGACAAGUGCUGUUACGCGACUUGGGAAUUCGUCUGUCUCUCCUCAAAGAAGUUUCUCGUCUAACGCGACGCAAGUUAUGCUUUCUACACAAACAGUCUCAUCAACAGUAUUUGUGGCAAAUUCCUCGUUAGAUGUUCCCAGCUUAAGUAGAAGUGUCACCAAUACUUCUUCGUUCGUUCUGCCGAGCAGCAAAUCAAUUUUUCGUUCUGCCACCGUUUUGCUGCCCAACACAAGCAGUUUAGUAGCUGAUUCCAAAACAAGUGUUACAUUUUCUAGCGCUCUCACAUCUGCAGAAAGUAGUGUGAUGAACACGAGCAGUUUAAUUUCCACAGACAUUAGCACAGUCUUGAAGUCAACUUCUCUGCUAACCAGUGCCAUAUUUACGGGAAACAGAACAGUGAUAUCAACUACGGAAGUCAGCCUAACUACGACCACUCCCUUGUUGAACUCAAGUUUGGUUACGUCAACGUUGAAGUCACAAAACUUGACGACUGCUAUCAGCGCAAGUAGCAUCAUCAAGUCGAGCGAAGUGUUGCAAAAUUCAACAGCAGUGUUAAGUACAAUUGCGACUGUUUCUCCUAGCUCCAGUGCCCUUGUUAUGAGUUCUUCAUUUCUUCUGGCAAGUUCAACCUUUGGAAUUAACAGCACCCUAAUAGCCACGAUGAUACCAACCUCAGUCACAUUAACACCAAUCUCCAUCACGGUGGUACCAACAUCUGCUACAGUAAUACCAACCAGCUCACCAGUUCAAAAUGCGUCAAGCUUUACAAGAUCAGCGUCUUCAAGCUCUGUGAGUACACUAGAACUUUCACGGAGCACAAUGCAGACGGAAUUUAGCAUUCCUGUGAAUUCCACACAGAGUACACGCACGCUUUCACGUAGCACGCGUGUCCCGCACUCCAGCAGUAAAGUUUUCAAUGUCUCAAGCAAGAUUCCCAGUUCAGUCCAGCCGAGUGUCACAGUCAUACCCACAUCAAGACCUCAAGUGAACAGGAUCACCAGCAUUCUGAAAACCAGUGGUUUAACAACUGUCACGUCACACAACGCAACUGUAGUGACACUUAGAAGCACCCUAGUGAAAAUGAACUCUUCCACUGCACCAAGUUAUACAACUGUUGGAGCAAGAAUGACUUCUGUUAGAUUUUCGUCACCGCAAAUCAAGAGCACUGCAAGCACACUGAGUAACGCUUCAGCUGUCACGCUCUCAAAGCGAAGCACGGUUGUAGUUACAAAUUCCAUUUUUGUAGGAUCAUCGUUAAGUUCUGAAGGCACGCAAGCCAAUUCCAUGGUUAAUACAAGUUUGUCGAUGACAUCAAAGAGCUCGGUUGUCACUCAAAGGAGUAGUUCAGAUGUGAUUCAGAGUAGCAGAACUGUUUCUCAAAGUACUUCAAUCAACCGCAUUGUCACACCACCUCGUGUCUCCUAUUCGUCAGUCAAAGUCACGCCUUCAUCCUCAGCUGUUUCUACAGUGCGGCCAUCAGAACUUUAUUCUUCGUCUGUAAUAGGUUCAUUAAAGACAAACACUAGUACAGUAUCAACCGUGACAUCAAGAGUGAUGAUAACCGUGACAUCCCUAGCAGCGCCAAGCGUGACUUCUGAUGUGACAUCAAGGGUGAUCAAGAGUCACGCUUCUAGUUCCCAAACAGAGUUGAUUGUCACGACACUCCUCUCCAAAACAUCCUCAGUCACUGUUGUGUCCACCAUUCCACAAUCGAUUUCGCUACUGUUUUCUUCGCUAGGGUCGACAGCGACAUCAAUUUUCAGCGUGAUACAAUCCUCCAAUCAGCUGUCUUUGAAGACAGCGUUACCGUCACGAAGUCUGACCGUGGCUACUCUAGCCUAUGAAUCGGCAAGUUCAAGAACUUCAUCAGCCGCAAGACUACUGACUUCAAGUCCACGGAUCUCAACACCUCUGGAUAAAACAACAAAGAUGACAACAGCAAAAGAGGUCUAUACCUCAAGAGAGACAAGCAAAGCAUUCCCUUCUACAACCCUGGAGACCUCGACCCGUAGAAUAACCUCGAUGACAUACAAAACGGCAACUUUCUCAUCUCCUUUCUUGGAGAAAUCCACUGUUUUAAGCCGCUUUCCGACGAUCUCAUUAAGUACAAUUUCUUUUUCUUCAAGUAAGUCUGGCGUCAUUCUAAACAGCUCUUAUAGAAGCUAUUCCAGUUUUAGUUCUGUAAAAUUGCCAAGUUUCAUUACAUCCGGGACUUUCAUCAGUACUGCCUCGCUUCCAUUAUCGCGCGUUAGUCUCACCCGUCACGUCACCUUUUCUCGUAUCACCAAAUCACGAAAUCUUCUGUCACGCUCACGAUUCUCCACUUCACUUCUUUCUACUGCGACUUUUUCUCAAACAGCCUCACACACCUACACCACACCCACCGCUCCAAAGCAAAGUCCCGGUAUAGUUUCAUCGACAAUAAGUUUCCGUGCAAUUAGCAUUUCCCAAACUGUGGUUUUAGCUGCAAUCCCCUUGUCCAAACCGCCAGAUUCUAGUAGUGUUACGUUUGUCUCUCGUACUUCUAAAUAUUCCAGCUUUUCUUUUCAUUUUUCUUCCAUUCUAGGUACACUUCGAAGUAGCUCUGCUUUGUUUUCAUCGAACACGACUCCGUCUGUAUCAGCGACAGGCACGACCCAGACAGUCAGCGUGCUACCUACCUCAUCUGUACCAGCCACUGCGCCGCCAACAUCGCCACCCAACCUUCCCCCGCUACUUCUUAACAACAUAGGGCGGGUACGAGCUCCUGCGGGUAAGGCCCUGCAGUUCAUAAUACCCAAUGACACGUUUUACGACAGGGAAGACCGGGUGACCACGCGUAACUUGACUCUAUCGAUGACCCUUGCAAAUGGUUCGAGCAUUCCGACAGACUUUUGGCUACAGUUUGACAUUGCCAGUCAAACGAUAAACGGAUUACCGCUGGACGAGCAUGUCCCUGAUGGAAUUUUGGGUCAGGUGUUAGUACUGCGGGCUCGAGAUAACGACAGCGCAGAGACUUUUGAUGCGUUUGAGGUUCUUGUCGUUCCUUCAGAGAAACCAGUCGCACAGGAAUUGAGGGUCAGAAUAACCAACGAAUUUGCCACGUUUAAUCUAGCCUUAAGGCUCGCGCUACUGAAGAAGAUUGCUGACUAUUACGACGACGCGGACGAAUCGAAGAUAAGGGUGUUGAAGUUCUCUCCCGGAUCUGUGAUCAUGACCUGGACGAAUGACUCGUUGCCAACAGACAGCUGUGACGAGGAAAAACUGCAGUUCGUCACAAACAAGAUGCUUCUUCCGAACGGCGAAGUAAGAGAGGAAUUCAGGGAAGCGUUACAAGGCUUUCCCGUUGUAAGCGCGAGCGAGGAACGAUUUGGCGUUUGUAACGGAUCUUUCAUCGCUCCAACUGAAACCCCGAUCGACCCUGCUCGAAAAGAGGCCAGGGUGGAAGAAAACUUGUGGUACAAACACGUUCUUGUAGGCCUUCUUAUUGUUGUUAUUAUCAUCGUUCUAGCGGCCUUGCUGUUUUGGUAUUUAAGGCGACGAAGACCGAAACCUUCGAGCGAGAAACGCACGUUUAAGAAGCGAAAACCCAUCGUUUUGGGAUCAGAGAUUGAACUUAAACCAUUGCCUGGCAAACCGCUUGUCCUACCCGACGAUGAUCCGAGUCUGCCUCCAUCGUACAUCUCGGAAACCUCACUCAACAAACCAACGUAUUCUGAUGACGAGGACGAAGAGGAUUAUGGGAAGGGGAGCCCUUCUGUUGUGUACGAGCCUCCCCCACCGUUUUAUCUAACGCAAGAUGACGAUCCUCGGAACAGUCCUCCGCCCGCGUAUUUAAUGCCCCCGAUGAAAUUCCCUGAACUUCCGACCAGAACUUUUGGUCGAAUGGAAAGCGACGCCUGAUGGUUGUCUGAGCCCGCAGUCUUUUCGACAGAGAUAUUGCUAAGCAACACGCACUGCAGUGCAUUAAACUAUAAGAAUCGAUCGGAAGCCCGCUCGGGUAUUUCCCGAGGGUUUUUUCUUAAUUUACGCUUUAGUUAGCUUAAUAUGGCUUAAUAUAACCUACUCAACCCCAAAGUUUCAGCUUUUUCAAAAUGGCAUCCGAAAGAUACAUUGUCUCAUAAUGUAAAUAAUGCCUUUAAUGUUUUUUAACUAAGACAAAAGCUGAUUCUUAUCGAGCGAAGGAGCGCAUUUGUACAUAGAUUACUCCUGUUUGACUUAGCUAGGUACAAUAUAAUGAAUUGAAUGAAACCCUUGA